GUCAGUCGUACACACAGAGGUCAGGGGAAGAGAAGGAAAGAAGAAAGAGAGAGAGAGAUAGCUGAAAAAUCAGAAACCCAUAGGUGAGCUGAGCUGAGCAAGCAAGAGGCGUAAUUAUGAGUUCCGCCGAAGGUAAUUAAGUAAUCUCUGCGAAGAGCAAGCAGAGCUAGCUCAGGUGCAUUGAAACACGAAGCCAUUAAGGCAUGAACCAUUCCAUCCCCGAUAAAAAAGCCAAUUUUUGCAUAACUGUUAAGUUCCACUUGUCCCACUCUUUGAUCUCUUGGACGUCUCUUUUUCCCUCUCCUUUUUAAUUUUUUUGCUUCUGCUCUGGCCUCUGGGGCUCUGGGCUCUGGGCUCUGCUCUCUUUUCUCUUUUUUAGACCGUAUUUAUUAACCUUUUAGAGUUUAGCGCCUCUAAUUACUUCAUCUUUAUCUCUUUCAUCUUGUAUUUACAUCUCACUCUAGGUUUUUUUUCCCCCUGCAUCUGUCUUUCGUUUCCCCUUUUUGGACUUUCCGGCGACGUCCACACGUCGCCGGGAGGGAGAAGAUGGAAAUGUCGUCAAAGGAGGGUAAAGUCACUGAGGUGCCACCGUUGAUGGGGUUGGUGGAUAAGCGUUAUCCUUCACCACUGGCCUCUCAUGAGGAUGUUGUUGGGAAUCCAACCGUCUUCUGGGAAACCCUCCGGCAAUUUCAUUCUGUGCUCGGUACCAAAUUCAUGGUUCCGAUUAUUGGAGGGAAAGAGCUGGAUUUGUAUCUGCUGUACAUGGAAGUUACAGGGAGGGGCGGUUUUCAGAAGGUGGUUAGAGAAAAGAAAUGGAGGGAUGUGGGUGGCGUUUUCAAGUUCUCUCCGACUACCACAAGCGCUUCUUUUGUGUUGAGAAAGCAUUACAUGAGCCUCCUGUACUACUAUGAACAAGUCUACUUCUUUAAGCUACAGGGUCCCUUACUCACUCCUACUGUAGUGUCGCCACUUAAGAGCCCAUCUUGCAGAUCUGUAAUGCCUGAUCGUAUGGACUCUGUUUCUGAGUCCAUGCAGCUUCCGCGAAACCACCAGCAGCAACAACAACUGCAUAUGCCCCAUAAAAGGACGACAAGCUCACCUUACUUGGAUACUGUAGAUCCUCCAUAUUACCCUGUGAUGGGAACCAUCAAUGGGAAAUUUGACUGUGGCUAUUUGGUCACUGUGAAAUUGGGUUCUGAUGUUCUCCAUGGAGUACUUUACUAUCCUCCAGCAUCGGGAUCUUGUCCCAACCAGACUGAAAAAGCAAUUGUCCCUUGCAACCCUGCACUACGGCGCCGUGGUAGGAGGAGGAGAGGCAGAAGGGGCAUAGACCCGAGCCACCCAAAACCAAACAGAAGUGGUUACAACUUCUUCUUUGCUGAAAAGCAUUCUAACCUCAAAGCCCUCUAUCCAUCAAGAGAAAGGGAGUUUACUAAAAUGAUUGGAGAGUCCUGGAGUAAACUCAGCCCAGAAGAGAGAAUGGUUUACCAGAACAUUGGAUUGAAAGACAAGGAGAGAUACAAGAAAGAACUGAAGGAAUAUAAAGAGAGAUUGAAGCUUUUGGAGCCAAAGGAAGUUAGGAGAACUGAUCCUCUAGUUAAAAGCUGAAAUGACAACUAACAAUACCAAAGAAGAUAGAAUUGGGAGAGUUUCCUGCAUAAUGAACCUAUACUAUUUGUUUCACUUCUUGGGAAUUGGGAUUGCUUCUAAUUUCUGUUAUUUGGACCUUGUACAAAUUACUACUUACUGGUAAGGGAACCCUUCUCACGCUAUCAUUGUAUUGUCAAAUGGUAGAAGAAGAUGAAAUGUUUGUUAGCAAUCCAUCAAUAUAUCAAGUUAGGAGGUUUGAUAUA